AUGUCGGAGGCAACAAAACAGCAGGCUGCGGUAAGCACGGAGCAGGUGCAGAAGGCGAAGCAGAAGGCGAAAACCUCCGUGACAUCUUUCUUGAAGGACUUGGCUGCGGGUGGUGUUGCGGGAGCGAUCAGCAAAACGGCGGUGGCACCGAUCGAGCGUGUGAAGCUGCUGUUGCAGAUUUCGUUGAGCAACCCGCAAAUAAAGCCAGAGGACCGUUAUAAUGGAAUUUUCGAUACUUUCCGGCGUGUCGUGCGAGAGCAGGGCUUUUGGUCGCUAUGGCGUGGGAACAUGGCGAACGUACUGCGCUACUUCCCGACACAGGCGUUGAACUUUGCUUUCAAGGACACGUACAAGCAAAUGUUCUUGGCCGGCGUAGAUAAGGACAAACAGUUCUGGCGUUUCUUUAUGGGUAACCUGGCUAGUGGCGGAGCUGCUGGCGCCACCUCGCUUCUCGUUGUGUACCCGCUGGACUUUGCGCGAACGCGCCUGGCUGCUGACGUCGGCAAGGGGAAGGAUCGAGCAUUCACCGGCCUUGGUGACUGCAUCAUGAAGAUCUACCGGAGCGAUGGCCUUCGGGGACUCUAUCAAGGAUUCGGCGUAAGUAUUCAAGGCAUUAUUGUGUACCGGGCGGCAUUCUUUGGCUUCUUCGACACUGCCAAGGCCUUGCUGCUGAAGGAUCCACGCAACGCGCCUGUGUGGCAGUCCUGGCUCAUUGCGCAGACCGUCACCACCGUGGCCGGUAUUAUCAGUUAUCCCUUCGACACUGUUCGCCGUCGGAUGAUGAUGCAGAGCGGUCGCGUAGGCCAGCGCGAAUACACCGGCACGCUGGACUGCUGGGCGAAGAUCAUCAAGAAUGAAGGCACUAGCGCCCUCUUCCGAGGUGCAUUCUCGAAUGUUAUCCGAGGCACGGGCGGCGCCUUUGUUCUGGUGCUCUACGAUGAGUUCAAGAAAAUCAUCAACCCAACAGCUGUGAUGUACAAGUAA